AUGGAUUUCACACACAGAUAUCAGCAGAGAAGCUGUUUCUGUGCUUAUGUCUGUGUGUGCGCAGAGUGUCCGUCAGGUCCUGGAGGAGUGUGUGGAGGUCUGGGCCGCUGUGAGGGUGAAGGCACACGUCUGGGAGACGGAGACUGUGUUUGUGACCCGGGAUACUCUGGGGUCCUGUGUCAGGACUGUGCCCACGGAUACUACAGAGAAAAGAGCUCCAACCACACACAGCCACCCUGCUCAGCUUGCCAUCAUUCCUGUAAAAAGUGCACAGGUCCACAGGACAACAAGUGUCUGGACUGUAAGCCUGGAUGGAUCCUUCACAGCAAUAAGUGUGUAGAAGAAAUUCAUGAUUUCAAACAGCAUUAUGAUGUGGAUGAAUGCGGCACUGAAUUAGCUCGUUGUCCAUCCAACACAUACUGCUUCAACACAGAUAGCUCUUAUGAAUGCAGAGGUUGUGAUCAGGCGUGUGUGGGCUGCAUGGGAAGCGGACCUGCUCGCUGUAAGAAAUGUGCUCGUGGUUUCAGACUCACUGGAGCAAAGUGUCUAGACAUCGAUGAGUGUGCAGAGAGAGCAAUCGCCUGUCCUGGACUCAAUGAAGCUUGUAUAAAUGAGGAGGGCUCGUUCCGCUGCGAGUGUGCGGAGGGAUUCAUUCGACGGGACCGCAUUUGUGUGGAGAAUCUGCCACCGACGGGUCCAGAGAAGGCUUUGUUUGAUGACAUGACGGAUGAUGAGGUGCUCGUACUCCAGCAGAUGUUCUUCGGCGUGGUGAUCUGCGCUCUCGCUACUCUAGCCGCCAAAGGAGACAUGGUCUUCACGGCCAUCUUCAUCGGAGGAGUGGCUGCCAUGGCAGGAUACUGGCUCUCGGAGAAGGGUGACCGCGUGCUGGAUGGCAUUCUUAAAGGACGCUAAUGAACCGGACGCUGAUGGACUCCAACAGGGUGAUGCCACUGAAACAUGAAGCUCUGGGUCUGGUGAGCGCCGUGGCUCUGGAAAUGCAUGUCAAUCAGGGAUGUUUAGCACUGUGGGCCGGAGUGGCAGUGCUGUUUAAAGCGCUGUGGAUAAUGAUGAUGAUGAUUGGCUCAUUUUCAACAGUUCAGCUGCUGCUGUAUUUAUGAGACUCACAGUUAGUAAUGGACAUGUUUGGCCAAACCCCAAGAGACAUACUGUAUGCAACCCAUUCAGGCAGAGGUACUGUACAUACUGGCAUGGACAUAUUGGCAUUUAUGCACAUUUAUACAUGGAUACUGUGUUUAUUUUUAAAAUCUGUCCCAAUGCAUAAAACAAUUUAUUAAAGAUUUCGGAAGUGACCGAAAGGACGCUCCAAAAGUCAUGUUGUUUGAAACGCUCUCACAUGGCAACAUUCCCAAAUGCAUGAAUGCAGCGCUGUCACAGAAGACGUCUCUCAAACCAGGACUGUGUAUGUGUGUGAAAGUAGUGGCUUGAAUAUGUAUGGCAAAUCAACUUCAACAGGGUUCCCACACUCUUUGAUCAAUGCAUUAACACUAGAUAAGGGUUUCUUUUUAUAUUAGUCUUUUUGAUUUAGACCAGUUUGUGAGCUCAUUCAGCAGACUCUAUCUAUCUCCCGGCAGUGUCUACCGAGCACAUCUAGAAAAUGUAUAUUGGUUAUAGAGAUUUCCAUGAUUUAUAAGAUUGUAUUCUAUAUCAUGACCAGGAAUACACUGGAAACCACCAUUUUAAAACUAGCUAAUUUUUCCAGGUUUUCGCUGGCUGUGGGGACCCUGUUUUAAAUAUGCAACCGGUAGAAUACAGUAAUGAAUGUGAUUUACCGUUUAACUGAGUGCACUUUACCUGCAGAUUCGACACAUGUGGCCUUCCAUUCAUUUCUUUGACAGAUGUUUUUAGUUUCAGCACAGGUGGCUUUAAUGCAUCGAUCACAUCGUGUCUGCAUGCUUUACCUUCUGCUUUAGAUGAAAAUGCGUAAAUGUGUCAUCAUGGCUUCUAUUUAUUUUGUUUGUCAUAUUAUUUGUCCAAUGUGAAUAUGCCCUACAACGACAGACAGUUGAGACGUGGGCAUGAUUUCUGCCAGCCUUAAUGUGAAUUACGUUUGAGUUGGUAGCAUGGAGGACAUUAU